CUCUCUCUUUCUCUCUCUCUUCCCCUCUCUCUCAUUUCUCAUUUCUCUCUCUCCCUCUUGCUCUCUCCGGGCCUUGCUCACGGCCCGUGCGAACAAGAAGUGACGAGCCGUCUCGGACGCAGCAUGCAGGCGCGCUACUCCGUGUCCGACCCCAAUGCCCUGGGAGUGGUGCCCUACUUGAGCGAGCAGAAUUACUACAGGGCGGCAGGCAGCUACGGCGGCAUGGCCAGCCCUAUGGGUGUCUACUCGGGCCACCCGGAGCAGUACGGCGCAGGCAUGGGCCGCUCCUAUGCGCCUUACCACCACCACCAGCCUGCGGCGCCCAAAGACCUGGUAAAGCCUCCCUACAGUUACAUUGCGCUCAUAACCAUGGCGAUUCAGAACGCGCCCGAAAAGAAGAUCACUCUGAACGGCAUUUACCAGUUCAUCAUGGACCGCUUCCCCUUCUACCGGGAGAACAAGCAGGGCUGGCAAAACAGCAUCCGCCACAACCUUUCGCUCAACGAGUGCUUCGUCAAGGUGCCCCGCGACGACAAGAAACCUGGCAAGGGCAGCUACUGGACCCUGGACCCGGACUCCUACAACAUGUUCGAGAACGGCAGCUUCCUGCGGCGCCGGCGGCGCUUCAAGAAGAAGGAUGUGCCCAAGGAGAAGGAGGAGCGGGCCCACCUCAAGGAGCCGCCCCCGGCGGCGUCCAAGGGCGCCCCGUCUGGGCCCCCCCUAGCGGACGCCCCCAAGGAGGCCGAGAAGAAGGUGGUGAUCAAGAGCGAGGCGGCGUCGCCGGCGCUGCCGGUCAUCACCAAGGUGGAGACGCUGAGCCCCGAGAGCGCGCUGCAGGGCAGCCCGCGCAGCGCGGCCUCCACGCCCGCCGGCUCCCCCGACGGCUCGCUGCCUGAACACCACGCAGGCGCGCCCAACGGGCUGCCGGGCUUCAGCGUGGAGAAUAUCAUGACGCUGCGAACAUCGCCGCCGGGCGGCGAGCUGAGCCCGGCGGCUGGUCGUGCGGGCCUGGUGGUGCCGCCGCUGGCGCUGCCCUACGCCGCCGCGCCGCCCGCCGCCUAUGGGCAGCCUUGCGCGCAGGGCCUGGAGGCCGGGGCGGCCGGGGGCUACCAAUGCAGCAUGCGCGCCAUGAGCCUGUACACGGGUGCCGAGCGACCAGGGCACAUGUGCGUCGCGCCGGCGCUGGACGAGGCCCUCUCGGACCACCAGAGCGGCCCCACGUCGCCCCUGAGCGCCCUGAACCUCGCCGCGGGCCAGGAGGGCGCACUCGCCGCCGCUGGACACCACCACCAACAUCACGGUCACCACCACCCACAGGCGCCGCCACCUCCGCCGGCCCCCCAGCCCCAGCCGGCCCCGCAGCCCGGGGCCGCCGCGGCCCAGGCGGCCUCCUGGUAUCUCAACCACAGCGGGGACCUGAACCACCUCCCCGGCCACACGUUUGCGGCCCAGCAGCAGACUUUUCCAAACGUACGGGAGAUGUUCAACUCCCACCGGCUGGGGAUUGAGAACUCGACCCUUGGGGAACCCCAGGUGAGCGGCAACGCAAGCUGUCAGCUGCCCUACAGAUCCACGCCGUCCCUCUACCGCCAUGCCUCCCCCUAUUCCUACGACUGCACGAAAUACUGA